AGCCGUCUAUAAGUCCCCAAACUCUACGUUUCUUCUCGCUCUGACCAUUCCUUGAAUAACUUUUUAGAGAGAGGGUAGAGGGUAGAGAGGAGGAGGAGGAGGAGGAGGAGGAAGAAGAAGAAGGACUCUGUUACUUCAUCAGUUUUGUUUUCCACUGAUGUUCUUAGAUCAACGUAUUGGUACAUAUCAUCAAAAGUACAGGACAAAUGCCAUCAAUAAAAAUGAAGGCCAAGUUAAGCGCGGGCUGCUUAAGAGAAAAACAUUGUCUUCGUGUUUGUCAGAAAUCUAGUGUCAUCUCUAAAAAAGCUUGUUCUCACCCAAGGAUUUCCGAAGAGACAGAUGAAUUUGAUGGCUGUAUUACAAAAUGUUUGGAGGCUUCUCUGAACACAGAAUCUAUUAAUAGCAAUAUAAAUCAGGAAGCCAUUAAUCACCAUGAAUCCAUUGACGAGGAAACUUCUGAAUUGAAGAGGCAUGGAGAAGCUUUUGAGUUGAAGAGGGAAGAGCCUUUUUCUGUAAAUGCUGCAGAUAUGAAUGGAAUGGAUUGCACCUCAACCAACUCUCCCAAAAUAGCAACCAUUUUUUCUCCUAUUUUGAAUAAUGUUGAAGUCCAAUGCCAUCCUAUUAUUGAACAUGAUUCAGGGAGCAAACUUAAUCCAGAUAUACCAGGAAUGGAAACUGAUGAAGGGAAAAAUAGUAGAAGCUCACAUGACAGUCAAACCUGUGACGUAUCAGAUUUUUUUAUUUCCGACAUGAUAGUUGCAAACUUACCUUUAUGUGGAAAUGAUGACAUUUGCAACAUCAAUUAUUUUCAUGACUACAAAUAUACUCAAUCGACUGUAUUGUCUGAUGUUACUGAUCAGUAUAUGAUACUGCCUUUCCUUGAGGACACCGUGAAAUUCAGCAAUUCAGAUGAUGCUAAAUGUUCUGAUGAAGCCGUUGGUUGUGGUAAUUCUAGUUUGUACCGAGUAAUUGAUCAAAGAAAUAAUUUGAGCCUUGAAUUUAGUGUUAGUUCAGACUCAGAUCAGACAGAGUGUUUUGAUCCCCAGUUGUUCAUAAAAAACUUACCGGAACUUUCAGAAGUGAUUUCAAACUUUCAGCCCAGUAUAUUGCCCAAUGAAGAUCGGAAAAGAAAGGCUGUGACCCUUGUACUUGAUUUGGAUGAAACAUUAGUUCACUCUACUUUGGAACCGCAGGAUGAUGCAGACUUCUGCUUUACUGUCUGCUUGAACAUGAAAGAGCACAUUGUACAUGUUAAACGGAGGCCAUAUCUUCAAAUAUUUCUGGACCGUGUUGCAGAGAUGUUUGAAGUUGUUAUCUUUACUGCCAGUCAAAGUAUUUACGCAGAACAAGUCCUCAGCAAACUGGACCCGGAUAAUUGUAUUAUCUCACGUCGACUUUAUCGUGAAUCAUGUAUUUUUUCAGAUGGAUGCUACACCAAGGAUUUGACAGUUUUAGGCAUUGAUUUGGCAAAAGUUGUCAUUGUAGAUAAUUAUCCACAGGUUUUCCGAUUACAAGUGAACAAUGGUAUUCCUAUUAAGAGUUGGAUUGAUGAUCCCUUGGAUUCUGCUUUAAUUUCAUUGCUUCCAUUUUUGGAGACCCUGGUUGAUGUUGAUGAUGUCCGCCCUAUUAUUGCCCAGAGAUUUGGUAACAAGGAAUAAGAGCCCUUCAUAUUUCUUAUUCCGUUGUUCUUGAGUAUGGUGGCUCCUUGCCCUCUCUCUUUUUCACAGAAAAAUUAGCUUCUAAUCUUAGAUGCUUAUCUCUCUCUCAUCAUUGAGCUCAAGAUGAUUAACUAUUGAAUAAACUUGUUUGUCUUUCUUUGUUGAGUCAGAUCUAGGUGCUUGUUUACUUUCUUUUUUCUUUCCUCUUGCUGACUAAAGUGUGCUUUGUCUCAUUUUUUUGGUGAAGUUAGGUCUAGGGAAUGUCUCUUUAAUUUUGUUGUACAGUUCAUGUGCGUAGUCAUAUAUGAGAAAGAAUGUAUAUGAAUUUUAAUGUUGUGCAAUAUUAUUCUUGCAGGCCGUUGCUCUCUCUUUGCUACUUUCUCAGUGUUAUCUAAUUUUAUCUGGUUUUUUGGAAUGCUUUCUUCUAAUUAUUAGAAUUAAAUCUUUGUCCAUUUCAUAAAUUAGAAUUUGGAACCUCAGACUUGGAUCUUCUCUUUCUUCUACAUAAGGUAACACAGUCAUUAAAUUUGAAAAUUUUUACCACAUUAUUUACACUUGAUGUAGAGUCAAUUCUUUAAAUAAGGCUUCUAUUAGAGUUUAAGGCCGUGUUGAAAGACUGAAGUCAACAAACUUGGAAGUUGUGUGUAGUGUACAAGGUUAUGAUCUGUCAUAUUUCAAAUAGCAGAAACUUGAAACUCUGCUGAAUUGAUGUAAAACCUCGAAGAGUAUGCUAGGUUUGAGCCUAAUGAUUAGAACCGUUGGAUUCAAUCAAAAUGUCGAGUUUAUAUUUGAAUCCACGUGCAUAGUUAUUAGCUUUAUGGUUGUCAAAUCUUUUAAAGCCAAGAGGAAGUUCCAUAAUAAAAUUUGAUAGGUCAAGGGGUUUAGUGGUAUUAUAGGGACUGAGAGCUUUAUGACUGAUUGGUAAAUGUUGCUACUCAAGAGAAGACAAGAAAGCUAUCAUAAAGCUCUGACCACUGGACAUACUAUUAACUUUGUUCAUAUUAUCUUUCUAUUUUGUUGCAUAAGAUAUGUGUAUUACUCAACUGGAUUUCUUUUUCACACUUCAUGACAGUCAUGCCCUUAGGAUGUUCUCAUUUGUAACUUUUCACUUGAUUGAGAUUAAUGUUAUUGGGAGGUUUCAUGCUAUGAAGUAUGUUUAAUGCUUAAUAUCUUUACCUAAUAGUUACGUGGGCAAACUGAACCUUUGCCUUCAUUUUCCUUUUAUCUAAUUUAUUCUUUUCUGCUGGGAUUGAAGCAUGAACAUAUUCAAGCCUGAUCAUGGCUUGCUAUGUAAAUUGCUACCAACUCGCCUAGCACAGCACAUCCUGGGCAGUUCAACCAAAAGAGAAAUAAGAAAAAGAAAAAGAGAAGAAAAAGAGAAAAGAAAAGAAGGUGAAGAAAGAAGAAAAUAACAUCGGUAUUGAAGAGGAUGAUACCUAUUUUCUCUUAGUAUAUAUUUGUGAUGCUAACAUUUAUGAACAUGUGAAUCUUUGUUAUUCAUACUUUAUCUGCAAUACUAUUCCAGUUUUGUGAAAAUUUCCUUAAAAGUAAUGUGGAAAUAGAUAUUACUUUGAUUUUAGGUGAUGUAAGUUAAAUUCAAAAGGAACCUAAUUUAUUUAUAAGGCCAAUGUGUAUUAGCUACUAUUUCCAGCUUGACGCAGCUGAUCUUGUUGAAGAUGCCUCGAUGAGGACGCAAUGCCUGCUCAUAACUUUCUAUUCCUAUUUCAGGAAAACAGUGUCCCAGCUGAAGGAAUGUUUUGAUAUAUAUGCUUCUAUGAGGAGAAGGGAUAUUUCUUGAUGUCUUUCGGUUGCAUGAUUUAGCAUAUUGAUAGCGAUGAUUGCUGUUUUUUAUGCUAUAAGAAGUUGUAUGGUUUCUCUGCAGGUUGUUUGAAGGGCCUGUUCUAAAUUUCUGCGUAUGGAAAAAUGUUAGGUACGCUGAUAAUUCUUUCCUUCCUCGUAAUAAUUAAAAGGUAAUUCUCUUUGAUAUUUUGGCACUUAAAUUUAAGGGCUUGUUUGGAAUGACUUUCUAAGUGCUUAAUAACAUUUUUUACCCGAUUAAAAAUCCUUCUUAAGCACUUAAAAAGUUAUUUCAAAUGCGUCUUAAACUAUUUUAUUAACUUUAAUCAAUGUUGUUAGUCUGACAUCUCGUGGGGUACGUAUCAUCUAUGUUCCUAUGAGGUUCUGAUUUGAUAUGAAUGGGUGUAUUUAUAUUUUUUUAAAGAGUGACUCUACAGAUGAAUAUACUUAAAGUUGGAAUAUUAAACAAUGACGUCGGUUAUAUUCACAAAAUAGUGAUAUUUUAAAGAUAUAUUAUGAUUCGAAUAUUGAAAUGAGAAUAGGAAUUAGGAAAGAAAGGUUUUGAUGCUUUGAUUAGAACCAAAGAAGGUUUUAGUGCUGAGGCAGGGCCAGGACUGAAGUUGGAGAUCGAACUUAACCCUUAAUUUUGUUAAAUUGUAUCUUAAAACUUGACAAGUGUUGUCAUUUUUAUCUCUCAGAAAGUAUUGUAAUUUAUACUUUAUGAUAUGUCAUUAUUCGAAAAGUUGUUGGAAAAAAAGUAUUGAUAUGUACAGUUAAGUGAACUUAUGAACACCUAUUUGGUAUGUAAUUGAUAGGACUUGGACAGGUAUUGCGUCAGAGUUUUUCCA